CAUUUUGUGCUGCAGUUUGUGCAGGUGGUCGCUGCGAGAAGAAGCCGCUGGCCGUGCGCUGUCUCCGUGCGUCACCAGCUGCGUCUCCCGCUGCGCUUCUCUUCAGCUUUUAUUAGUUGGAAUGAACGUCUCUUGAACUGCGGCUGCUGUAAUGAGAUCCUCUGUUCUAGGAUCACUCUGCGCGCUCUUCCUGCUGCUGCGGGAGCCCGCGUGCCGUGCGGAUGAUCAGACCUCUAACACAGUGAACCCCUGCUGCUACCUGCCCUGUCAGCACCGCGGCGUGUGCGUGAGGUACGAUGAGGACAAGUACGAGUGCGACUGCACUCACACUGGUUACCACGGCGACAACUGCACAAUCCCGGAGCUGUGGACCAGAGUGCGUGAGUUCCUGAAGCCCAGCCCAGACGUGGUUCACUACAUCCUCACGCACUUCCGGCUGCUCUGGGACAUCAUCAACCACACCUUCCUGCGAGAGUUUCUCAUGCGUCUGGUCCUAACAGUGAGGUCCAACUUAAUACCCAGCCCUCCAACCUACAACUCAGAAUAUAGCUACCUCAGCUGGGAAUCCUACUAUAACCUCAGCUACUACACUCGGAUUCUGCCUCCAGUGCCAAAAGACUGCCCUUCACCUCUAGGGGUCAAAGGGGAGGCCGGGCUGCCGGACCCUGAGGUGCUGGUUGACCGGCUGCUGAAGAGAAGGACGUUCAGACCCGACCCACAGGGCACCAACCUCAUGUUUGGGUUCUUCGCUCAGCACUUCACGCACCAGUUCUUUAAGACCUAUAAUCGCAUGGGCUUCGGUUACACUAAGGCUCUAGCACAUGGGGUGGAUGCAGGACAUAUUUAUGGCGACAACCUGGAACGUCAGCUGGAUCUUAGGCUAAACCAAGACGGGAAGCUGAAGUAUCAGUUGAUUGACGGACAGAUGUACCCGCCCUCCGUUGUUGAUGCGCCCGUGAAGAUGAGCUACCCGCCUUGGGUCCCUCCCGAGCAGCAGAUGGCCAUUGGCCAGGAGGUCUACGGGCUUCUCCCGGGUUUGGGGAUGUACGCCACGCUGUGGCUGAGGGAGCACAACCGCGUCUGCGACAUCCUCAAAGCAGCUCAUCCAACCUGGGACGACGAGCAGCUAUUUCAGACCGCGCGUCUCAUCAUCAUUGGCGAGACCAUAAAAAUCGUGAUCGAGGAGUAUGUGCAGCACCUCAGCGGAUACCUGCUCCACUUAAAAUUUGACCCCCCUCUGCUGUUCAACUCCCACUUCCAGUAUGGGAACCGUAUCGCUCUGGAGUUCAGCCAGCUCUACCACUGGCACCCUCUGAUGCCAGACACUUUCCUAAUCAAUGGGGACACGCUUUCCUAUCAGCAGUUCCUCUUCAACACGUCUGUCCUCACGUACUAUGGCGUUGAAAAGCUGGUGGAUGCCUUCUCUCGGCAACCUGCCGGCCAGAUUGGAGGAGGGCACAACAUCAAUGCUGCGGUGACCAAAGUGGCCGUGGGGGCAAUAAGGGAAUCGCGGAACCUGCGCAUGCAACCGUUUAACGAGUACAGGAAGCGUUUCAACCUUAAGCCUUACACAUCGUUCAGAGAGUUCAAUGACAACGAGGAGAUCGCCAGCGCCCUCGAGGAGCUCUACGGUGACAUAGGAGCCCUUGAAUUUUAUCCCGGGCUGCUGUUGGAAAAAACGCGACCGGGGGCCAUCUUUGGAGAGAGCAUGGUGGAAAUGGGCGCCCCCUUCUCCCUUAAAGGUCUAAUGGGGAACCCCAUAUGUUCUCCAGAUUACUGGAAGCCCAGCACGUUUGGUGGCAAAGUCGGCUUUGACAUAGUAAACACUGCCACACUAAAGAAGCUGGUCUGUUUAAACAGCAGAACCUGUCCCUACGUGGCGUUCAGACUACCAACAGGGGAGCAGGCGCAGAGCGGGAAGGAUGACAGUAAAGUACAGACUGAUGAGCUAUGACACACUCACUCAGGACCAAAAGGUGUGAUCAAUGACUGGAGGAAAUACAAACAGUUGGAGGUGGAGCAGAAACAAGAGCAGAAGAGAGAGAUGGAAAGGUUGAUCAAGAAGCUGUCAAUGACCUGCCUGGAAUCUCUGUGCUUUGUUCUCAUUACUUCACAGAUGACCAUGCAGGAGUACAACAUGCUCCAGCAAGAGGAAGAUGAUGAAGACUUCCUGCAGCAUUACCGUAUGCAGCGCAUUGAAGAGAUGCGACGGCAGCUCUGCCGUGGUAAACGCUUCGAGAAGGUGUAUGAGCUCAACAGUGGAGAGGACUUUCUGGAGGCUUUAGAUAAGGAAGACAAAAGCACACUAGUAAUGAUUCACAUCUAUGAGCCAGAUGUCCCAGGCUGUGAAGCCAUGAGUGGCAGCCUGCUGUGUCUGGCUCAGGAAUACCCGCUGGUGAAGUUCUGCAGCGUGCGCAGCUCAGCCAUCAGCACCAGCGCACUGUUCAGAGACAGCGCUCUGCCCGCCCUGCUCGUUUACAAAGGAGGAGACCUGAUCGGCAACUUUGUGCGACUCACGGACCAGCUUGGUGAAGAUUUCUUUGCUGUAGACGUGGAAGCCCUGCUCCAGGAGUAUGGGCUGCUGCCUGACAAACCUCCCAUGGUGCCAAAGACGGUUCGGAAUGGAGCUAUCAUACAGAACACUGUGAGUGAUGAGGACUCUGACCUUGAUAUAGACUAGAGUCAUAAUGUCUUAGAUGCAUUAUGUCCAUGGGUAAUAUACAUACAUAGUCUGCAUGGACUAUAGAUCAUUUCCAUGUUUGUGAACCCCCUGUAGUGAUGAAAGACUGAGCCAAGAUUUACAUUUCUCAGUUACACAAUAACAUACAAGCAUAGAAUCUGAACCAAAAGUAAAUAAAGGUAAAACACAAACAUCACUGCCCAGUGGGUGAUUAUCAUUCCAAGGUUAAGGUAUUCAAAAAGAGGAACUAUCAUUAUUAAGGAUUAUGCACAUUUGACAUGUUGUAGGUGUUAGGUUAAAUGUUUUAUUUGAACUGUGACGGUCAAAUAUUUAUUAACACAUUUCUCUGUCUCCUUUCGUGUGCAUCUGCAUUGUAUUAUUUGUGUUCUACUCAGAAUAUGAAGCCUUCGGUCCACCCAACUAAGUUAAUUUUAUAACUUUUAUAUGUGCUGUGCUGUUUGAAAUAGUGGGAAAAAUAAACUGUAAAUUGUUUGGA